UUAUGCGUCAGGGAUUGAAGUGUGUACAUGCUUCGGUUAGGUCUUGUGAUGCACCGUGGAAUGUAAAGGGUGGCAGUCUUAGUCGCUCUCUGCAUAAGUGUGAAAGUAUUUGAUGAGAACACAGUCCAAGGGAACCUUCUAGGUUGAUAGCUAACUAGCUUCUACUACCGGUGACUGCUAACAGACGGUGUUAAACGACCUGGUUAAAACUUAAGCAGGUGAAUGAGAAUGGCGCAGGGGAUACCAGACGAGGUGCUGAUGAACUCGGCUCUGAUAAAAGAAUUGGCAGAGGGGGCAAAAGACUCAGCCGUUACACAGGGUGUCCUGAUGAGGCUCCAGGAGACCCCCAACUCAUCUGAGGUGGUCUCCUUUGCUCCAUUCACACUGUUCCCCACACCUGUACCCAAAGCUGUAUUCUCCCAGGCUCUGGCAGUGCAAACACACUACAACACCCUGGUGGACAAGAUUAGUCAGGAUGCAGACUUCCUACAAGAAGCUUUGGCUAGCACCAUCGCUGUGGAUGAUUUCACUGCACGGUUGUUCAAAAUCCACCAACAGAUCCUUAAAGAAGGAAGGUCACAGUCCAUUGUGUUGGGUCUCAAUCGGUCUGACUACAUGCUGGACCAGAGAGAGAAUGACACGCCAUCGCUAAAGCAGAUAGAGAUCAACACCAUUGCUGCCAGUUUCGGAGGCCUUUCAUCGCGCACGCCAGAUGUACACAGACAUAUCCUGAAGAUGGCCGGCAGGCUGGAGGAGAGCGAGCGUAUCCUGGAUAAUAAUCCUGCAGCUGGUCUGGCCAGGGCUAUUGCCAAAGCCUGGGAGCUCUAUGGAUCAGAGAAAGCAGUCAUUGUGUUCUUGGUGGAAGACGUCCAGAGAAAUAUCUUUGAUCAGCGAUUCGUUGAGUAUGAACUUUGGAAGAGAAACAUUCACGUAAUAAGACUGCGGUUUGAAGAUGUCUUUAAAGCGGGCUCCCUUGAUCAGGACAAGAGGCUUUUUGUGGACGGCAAAGAGGUCGCCGUGGUGUAUUUCAGGAAUGGUUACAUGCCUGACAACUACACUUCUGAACAGAGCUGGGAUGCUCGUCUCCUGAUGGAGCGCUCUCGAGCUGUGAAGUGUCCAGAUAUCAGCACUCACCUGGCUGGUACCAAGAAGGUUCAGCAAGUGCUCGCCAGACCUGGAGUCCUGGACAGAUUCUUCCCGGACCAGCCUCAAGCUGUGCAGCAGAUCCGAGCGACGUUCGCCGGCCUCUACACUCUAGACAUGGGUCCAGAGGGUGACAAAACGGUGUCAAUGGCCUUGGCAGCACCAGAGCGGUUUGUCUUGAAGCCUCAGCGAGAAGGAGGAGGUAACAACAUUUAUGGAUCAGAGAUCUGCCAGGUCCUAGAACAAGUGAAGGAGAGUACCGGGCGUACAGCCUAUAUUCUGAUGGAUAAAAUCCAUCCAACCCCUGUAAGGAACUACCUGAUGAGACAAGGCAGCCCCCUGAAACUAAGCAACUGUCUCAGUGAACUGGGAGUGUUUGGAGCAUAUGUAAGGCAGGGUAAAGACAUGGUGACAAAUGAGUGUGUGGGCCAUCUGCUGAGGACCAAGAGCUCAGAACACUCAGACGGGGGCGUCUCAGCAGGAGUGGCCGUGCUCGACAAUCCUCUGCUGUUCUGAGAUUUCACACUCCUGCCUGCACAUACAAACCACAGUGAAGUCACAGCAGAAACGUCUCUUUGGAAAAAAAAAAGUCUUUGUUUAUUUUUUUAAUAAACAAAGACCCCUUUUUAAUAAUUAAGUUAAGAAGAGUGAUUAAAUAAAUUGUUUCUUGCAUUUUUGAAUUAAUGAUUGUGUUCAGGAUUAUUUCAGAAACAUGUUUAGAGGAUCUUUGUAAGCCUGUAUUUACUUUAAAAGAAAGCACUUCUUCAUUCUACAGAAAAGGUGACACAUUAUAGAUGAGUUCAUAAAAAGUGUCUCUGUCACUCUUUCAAGGCUCUGUUGCUUUUUCUUUUUUACUGGAACAGCAUGGUAAAGUAGGCCUAGGCUGCCAUCUUGUGGCAGUGUGUUGUUACUACAACAUAUGAAAUUGUGUUUCUAUUGGAAAUACAACUCAGUGCCACCGAGCCGCUCUCUCAGUUACAAACUGAACCUGUUUUUUUAGACAUAUAAAUCACUAAACACAGUGAAGCUUUUGGUUUUGUAAAAGUGGUUCAUAAUCAAAAUGCACGUUAAUUUUUAUAAGGUUGAAGAGCAGUUAGCAGUGCAUUCAUGGACAUCUUUUAACUAUUAAUUUAACAAUCUUUUGUCACGAUGGCAUGAACUACAAACAUGAGCUCCAGGUGAGACUGCACAGAAGAACAAGUGUCCUUAAACUGCAUCAACUGAUGACUUCUUACAAUUUUAUUCUGUGUUUUUAUAAUCGAACGUUUAUGUCUUUGUGUACACAUACUAACUUAGAGUAACUUCUCUAAGUUACUACUGUAACUUAGAGAGUUACAGUUACUACUGUAACUUAGAGAAGCUCAGCAAUAUAUUAUUAAGUACACAAACAGUUCCAGGUUCUGGACUGUUUGAAGGCCCCACUUUGGAUCAUGUGAAGGACGUUCAGUUUUUUUUCUUCUAGGCAUUGAAGGGUUAAUGCUGUUAAUUGCGUAGUACAGUGACAGAUAACUUGGUGAAGUUGGUGCACCUUGUGGACCAAAGAAUAAUAUCCAGUAUGAUGUAAAUGAAAAAAAUAAAUGUUAUGACUGUAAGGCUGGACUUCCUUCUCUGUUCAUUUACCCUAGCCCCAAGUAGCCCCUAUUCAGCGACAGGUUGCUUCUCCCAAAGUCAAGAACCAACAGACUUAAAAACUCCUUUGUCCCACACGCCAACAAGCUGUUUAACUCCUCGCUGGAGAGAGGGAGGGGAAACAGGAGGACAAAGGAGGGCGGGAACAACUGAGCUGUAGUGUUUUUUUUUUUACACUGUGCAAUAUUCCUUCUUAUAUUCGACUGUAAAUGGCCUGCAUUUGUAUAGCGCUUUACUCAGUCCCUAAGGACCCCAAAGCGCUUUACACUACAUUCAGUCAUUCACACACUGGCAAUGGCAAGCUACAUUGUAGCCACAGCUGUCCUGGGGCGCACUGACAGAGGCGAGGCUGCCGGACACUGGCGCCACCGGGCCCUCUGACCACCACCAGUAGGUGGCAAACAUGGGGUUAGUAUCUUGCCCAAGGAUAUUUGGCAUGCAGCCAGGAGGCAGCCGGGGAUCGAACCACCAACCUUCUGAUUAGUGGCUGACCUGCUCUGCCACCUGAGCUACAGCCACCCCACUGUGCAAUAGACUCACUCAAAUGUGCAAUCCACAGGUAUUCCUAGUUA